UUUUUAUUUAUUUACAAGUUCAAGUAGGCACAUGUUUUUUGUGAUUAAACUGUUUCAAUUUAUAUUUGUGUAAGAGAAACUAUAUUUCAUAACAUAAUAUUAUGUAUUCAAAAUGUUGAAGAAAGGGGAUAUCGAAAAAUGUCACUUUGUGCCUCUCAGUUCUUUGGAAAGAGUUAUAGAUAUGGUAGAAAAUUACAAUCCAGAACAUGACCACAGAUGUCAACGCAAUUUACUAAAGUUGCAAUUAGAGGGUGGGUCUACUGAAAAUAACUUCAGACAGAGAAAGUGGAGGCACAAGUUACACGCAGCUAUGAGCCAUGCAAUAUACGCCCAUGAUUGGGACAAACUUCUGUACUUAUUGAAGAAGUCACCUAUUUGGGAACAUGAUACCAAUAGGCUGGAUCAACUGCCUAUUUAUACAAGAGCAAUGACAAUAUUAUUGAUGUACCAUCCUUAUGCCAAAGCACAAUCCUUGCUCAGUGAAUACUUCCACAUGGUACUGUCAUGUCGCUCUGAUGAAGACAAGAAAGCAGUUUUUAAAGUUUUAUUAUCUCUGACGGAGAAGCUUCACGGAAGAAGUUAGUUAUUUGAGUUUGUUCUACUGCACUUUGUUAUGUAUGUGAGGGGAAAGAAGAGA